AUGGCUGCGCCCCUCGCUGGUCCCAAGUGCAAGAACCGGUUCCCCAAGUACCCGCUCUGCAAGUUCGUCAACGACAUGGCCACUUCGUUCACGCCCACCGUCGUCGACGCUGCCAGCGGGAAGACGCUUCAUAUUAGCGCCUACCAGAUCUACCACAAAUUUCACCGCGACCUGCCCGCGACAAAGCAGUACGCGUACGGAAUGGACGCGAAGACGGCGUCGUAUCCGGGGCCCAUCCUGAUCGCGAAGAAGGGCGUGCGCACCAAGGUGUACUGGCAGAACAAGCUGCUGGACCGCCAGCACAUGUUCACCAACGACUUCACGCUCAUGCCCGGCAUGGCCAAGCCCAAGAUGGGCGGCAUUCCCAUCGUGGUGCACAGGCAUGGAGGCGAGCAGGCGAGCGACUUCGACGGGCACCCGGACGCGUGGUUCACGCAGUUCGGCGAGUACGGCCCCACCUUCAAGUCGCGCCUCUACCGCUACGGCAACCAGCAGAGCGCGUCGCUCAUCUGGUUCCACGACCACGCGCUCGGGUGGACGCGGCUCAACACGGUGGCGGGGCUGGCCGGCGCGUACAUCAUCGUGGAUCCCAAGGGCGAGGAGAAGAACCUCCAGUUCCUCCCGCAGCCCGGCAGCGGGCGCUAUGUGCCUCUCGUUCUCGCCGACCGCUCGUUUUUCGCCAACGGGUCGAUCGACUACCCGAACGUGGGGAUCGUGCCGAAGGUGCAUCCGAACUGGGUUCCCGAGUACUUUGGUAACCACAUUCUCGUGAACGGCGUCGUGUGGCCGUACCUCAAGGUCCGGCGCGCGCUGUACCGCUUCCGCGUGCUGGGCGGGUCGAACGCGCGCUUUUACAACCUCAGGUUCACGUGCGCGGGACGCGGAGACUACCCCAACUUCACGCCCCCGCUGAAGGGCCCCAGCCUCGAGAUUAUCCAGAUCGGUUCGGAUGGCGGGUACCUGGCGGCGCCGGUGCGCAUGUCGUCGCUGCUGGUGAUGCCGGGCGAGCGGAUGGACAUUCUGGUGGACUUCAACGGCGCGCCCGGGCACUGCAAGGACGUCAUUCUCACCAACGACGCGCGCGCCCCCUACCCCGCCGGCGAGCCCGCCGAUGCCAACACGGGCGUCAUCAUGCGCUUCGUGCUGAAGAAGACCAAGAUCCCCACCCCGCCCAUCCCCAGCUCCCUCGUCUCACCUCCCAACCCAUCCCUACCAUCUGCUUUUGCAAGCUUCAAGUUGUUCGUUGUACGUUUGUCAUUUGCCUUCGGUGAAUACGGUGGACGCACUGCUGAUUUGGGUUCCUCCCGGAUCCACCCUUCGCCGAAGCAGAGCAUUCCUCGGGUGGAUGUUGCUAGCGCGGUGCGGUCGCGGUUCAACACGCUGGUGGAGAUCAUGGACCCCGCGACGCAGCUGCCCAUCCGCGUGACCAUCGACGGCAAGAUGCACCACGACCCUGCCACCGAGAUCGCCAAGGAGGGCACGGCGGAGCUGUGGAACAUCAUCAACCUCAGCGCGGACGCGCACGCCAUGCACCUGCACCUCAUCCAGCACCGCCCCAUCUCGCGCCGCCCCUUCGACAUCGCCAAGUACACGGCGGGCAAGUGCUCGUUCAAGGACAAGACCAAGCCCAGCUGCUACAUCGGCCCUGCUGUUGAGGUGAACGCGAAUGAGCGCGGGUGGAAGGACACAACCCUGUCGCAGCCUGGCCAGGUGCUCACGAUUUACACUCCGUUCUACCAGCAGUCGGGGGUGAAGACCUUUGAGUUUGACGCGAGCCGGGGUCCGGGCUAUGUGUGGCAUUGCCACUUGCUGGAGCACGAGGAGAAUGACAUGAUGCGGCCGCUCCUCAUCACCAA